AUGUCGGACGACAUAGAAAAACAGCCCUUUGGCCCCGACAAGCUCGCCCUCCCUCCAUCCUCAGAUCCGUCUGCAUCGGCCAUCACGACCACGACUACCCUACAUACACCGUCCUGGUCGCAAGUGUUCCUCUACAGGAUGAAGGUCGCUGCCUCGCUUGCCGUUCUGUUCGGCCUAGUGCAGCUCGCCACCUCGUCGCCGGCACGCUAUCCCGUCGGUCCGCGUAAGAAUGCGGCGGUCGAGGGCUACGGUCAACAGACCUCGGCCUAUACAGCACCGAGCGCCUUCCCCACCUCGAUAUUCGCAUCGUACUACAACGCACCCGAGUCCAUGACCGCCGAGCCGCGGCCCGUCGUCACCGACGUAGCGCGGACCUCGGUCUUUCCCGACAUCCUAGCCAACCCAACCGUCCUGCCACCUGGCCCUUCACCCAGCGAAGCAGUCUAUCCCGUGCCCACGGGCGCAGCGACGCCGGACGUGGCAGAUCAGGUCCGCGCCGAGCUCACCAAUACCUUUUCGUCGUCGGCAGCCAACUGCACCAAGUGCACCGAUGCGCUCAAGACGGCGCAGAAGCUCGCACAGCAGGCGCCCGAGCAGAUUCCCGGCAUGCUUGUAGAGCUGUGCAAAAAGUACAACUACAAAUCGGCCGCAACGUGCGAGGCCACCUAUGCACCUCAGGUGCUUGGAUCAGUAUAUGCCCAGGUGCUGAGCUAUGCCAAUUUUUCGGAAGGCAGCACCGAUGCGCAAUACAUAUGCAACAUCGUCGUCGGCUCCUCCACGUCGAGCUGCACGCUCCCCGCGCCCCGCGAGCUCGACGAGGGCUUCCUCGACGAUUGGUUCCGGGGACAGCGCAUUCCGCCCACAGAGUACAAUCGUAAUGUUGGAGAGCCCACCAAGAACAAUAACGACCUGCGGGUGCUGCACAUGUCCGACAUCCACGUUGACCCGCGCUUCUUCGUCGGCGGCGAAGCGGCGUGCACCAACGGGAGGUGUUGUCGUGCAGAUGCAUACAAUUCGACGCUGAGCAGCGGCAAAUUCACGCAGGGAAUGCUGCCCAAGGCCAACAUCUCCGAGGUGUCGACCUACUGGGGCAACUUCAAGUGCGAUACGCCAUGGAGCCUGGUCAUGGCGUUGCUCGAGGCCGUCACUCCGCUCAACGGUGGCGAAGAGGUGGACAUGACUAUCCAUACGGGCGAUAUGGUAGUACACGAUCUGGCGCAGUACGUGUCUCAGGACCUGGUCAAGUACACGCACCAGUCGCUCUACGACAGCAUUCGUAAGAUGCUCGGCAAGGGCCCAGUGUUCAACGCGAUUGGCAACCACGACUCGGCUCCGUCCGACUUUGCCUCGCAGGGUGCCUUGCCUGACGGCAGGUCCGACCAGCUGUCGUGGGACUGGGACAACCUCGCCCGGCUGUGGGAGUCCGAGGGAUGGUUCAACCACAAAGAAGCCGAACAGGCGCGCAAGCACUAUGCUGGCUACUCGGUGACCCCGCGCAAGGGCCUGAGGAUAGUGGCGAUCAACACGGACUUUUGGUACAAGAACAACGUGUUCAACAUGAUCCACACGCAGAACCCGGACUACAGCGGCAGUCUGCGCUUCCUGACCGACGAGCUGCUGCGUGCCGAGAAGCGCAACGAGCGCGUGUGGAUUGUCGGUCACGUAUUGACGGGUUGGGAUGGCAGCAAUCCGCUCGACAACCCGACGAACCUCUUCUAUCAGAUCGUCGACCGUUUUGCCCCGCAUGUCAUCGCGCACAUCUUCUUUGGCCACACGCACGAGGACCAGUUCAACCUGUUUUACGCCAACAACGCUACGAGCGUCGCUGCGGACAAGGCCAAAGCGGUCUCUUUUAUGGCCCCUUCAGUGACACCUGGCAACAACGUCAACCCGGCGCUGAGGAUCAUGCAUGUGAAUGCGACUACGUACGAGGUGAUGGACUACCACCAGUUCUACACCCAAGUGCCUACCUUCCCGCAGCUUCCAUCGAGCCAACACGGCCCUGUGUUCGAGUAUCUCUACUCGGCGCGUGAUGCGUACGGCAACUUUACCGCCUCAAACGCCAACUCGUCCCACCCAACCCCGGGGGGAGUGUGGCCUGCCAACGCUCCACUCAACGCGACCUUCUGGGCCAAACUCACCGAGGAAAUGCAUGCCACGCCCGAACUCGUGCAGCAGUUCACCGUCUUCCAAGGCAGGAACAGCCCCAAAAGUCCAAAGUGCACCGACGACAAGUGCGUCCAGGCCAAGAUCUGUUACAUGCAGUCCGGAUCGGCUCCGCUCGGUAAAAAGUGCACCCAAGGCUACGGUUCAGUCCAGUCCUGA